CGCCCGCCCGGCCGCGCCCCCGGGGGCCAUGGUCGCGGGGCCCUGCGCGGGGGCGGCCCCCAGCGCGGCGCUUCAUGGAGCGGCCCCGGCCCGGCCGCCGGGGGCAGCGCGAUCCCGCGGGGCCCUGUGAGCCCCCAGCGCCACGGCACCAUGUUGCUGGUUGAGAAGACAACAGACUCACCGGCGGCCGAGUUCUCGCUGGUGGAGGACGUGGCAUUGCACUUCGCCUGCUUGAUGGGCCGCCUGAAUGAGCAGCGCCUCUUCCAGCCUGACCUCUGCGACGUGGACCUGGUGCUGGUGCCCCAGCGCAGCGUCUUCCCGGCACACAAGGGCGUGCUGGCUGCCUACAGCCAGUUCUUCCACUCCCUCUUCACCCAGAACAAGCAGCUGCAGCGCGUGGAGCUGUCCCUGGAGGCGCUGGCGCCCGGCGGCCUGCAGCAGAUCCUCAACUUCAUCUAUACAUCCAAGCUGCUGGUCAACGCGGCCAACGUCCACGAGGUGCUCAGCGCCGCCUCAUUGCUGCAGAUGGCUGACAUCGCCGCGUCCUGCCAGGAGCUGCUGGAUGCCCGCUCCCUAGGCCCCCCGGGCCCCAGCGCCGUGGCCCUGGCCCAGCCGGCCACUGGCUGCGCCCCGGCCGCACCACCCUACUACUGUGACAUCAAGCAGGAGGCAGACGCCCCAGGUCUGCCCAAGAUCUAUGCCCGCGAGGGCCCUGACCCCUACUCUGUGCGUGUCGAGGACGGGGCAGGGGCCGCGGGUGGCACGGUGCCUGCUGCCAUUGGGCCAGCCCAGCCCUUCUUCAAGGAGGAGAAGGAGGGUGGUGUCGAAGAGGCCGGUGGGCCCCCUGGCAGCCUGUGCAAGCUGGAGGGCGGGGAGGGGCUGGAGGAAGAGCUAGGGGGUUCUGGCACCUAUAGCCGCCGGGAGCAGUCCCAGAUCAUCGUGGAGGUGAACCUCAACAACCAGACUCUGCACGUGUCCACGGGGCCCGAGGGGAAGCCGGGCACCACCCCGGGCCCGGCCACCAUGGUGCUGGGGCGGGAAGACGGGCUGCAGAGACACUCGGAGGAGGAGGAGGAGGAAGAGGAGGAGGAGGAGGAGGAGGAAGAGGAGGAAGAGGAGGGUGGUGGCAGUGGAGGGGAAGAGGAGGAGGAGGAGGAGGAAGAGGAGGGUGGCAGUCAGGGAGAGGAGGAAGAUGAGGAGGAAGGGCACAGCGAGCAGGAGGAGGAAGAGGAGGAAGAAGAGGAAGGGCACAGUGAACAGGAUCAAGAGAGCUCGGAGGAGGAGGAGGAGGAGGAGGGGGAGGCAGGGGGCAGGCAGGGGCCGGCGGGGCGUCGGGGCAGCAGGGCAGAGCCCCCUCCCCACGGUCGCAUGGCCACUCGGUCCCGAGAGAACGCCCGGCGCCGGGGCCCCCCUGAGCCUGAGGAGACCAGGCCACGGGGUGGGAAGAGGCCCAAGCCCGCGCCGGGAGCCUCUGCGCCGGCCCGAGGGCCACAGGCCACUGACGGGCUGGGGGCCAAGGUGAAGCUGGAAGAGAAGCAACACCACCCAUGCCAGAAGUGCCCUCGCGUCUUCAACAACCGCUGGUACCUGGAGAAGCACAUGAACGUGACCCACAGCCGCAUGCAGAUCUGCGACCAGUGCGGCAAGCGCUUCCUGCUGGAGAGCGAGCUGCUGCUGCACCGGCAGACAGACUGCGAGCGCAACAUCCAGUGUGUGACCUGUGGUAAAGCUUUUAAGAAGCUCUGGUCCCUCCACGAGCACAACAAGAUCGUGCAUGGCUAUGCGGAGAAGAAGUUCUCCUGUGAGAUCUGCGAGAAGAAGUUCUACACCAUGGCCCACGUGCGCAAGCACAUGGUUGCCCACACCAAGGACAUGCCCUUCACCUGUGAGACCUGCGGGAAGUCCUUCAAACGAAGCAUGUCUCUCAAAGUGCACUCACUGCAGCACUCUGGGGAGAAACCCUUCAGAUGCGAGAACUGCAAUGAGCGCUUCCAGUACAAGUACCAGCUGCGGUCACACAUGAGCAUCCACAUCGGCCACAAGCAGUUCAUGUGCCAGUGGUGUGGCAAGGACUUCAACAUGAAGCAGUACUUCGAUGAGCACAUGAAGACCCAUACAGGGGAGAAGCCAUACAUCUGCGAGAUCUGCGGCAAGAGCUUCACCAGCCGACCCAACAUGAAGCGGCACCGGCGCACGCACACCGGCGAGAAGCCUUACCCCUGCGAUGUCUGCGGCCAGCGCUUCCGCUUCUCCAACAUGCUCAAGGCCCACAAGGAGAAAUGCUUCCGCGUCAGUCACCCCUUGGCCAGCGACGGCCCCCCUUCUGCCCCAGGCCUGUCCCCCACCCAGCCUCCGGCUCACGCACUGCCCCUGCUCCCGGGGCUGCCCCAGACCCUGCCGCCCCCGCCCCACCUGCCGCCCCCACCGCCACUCUUCCCCACCACUGCCAACUCCGGCGGGAGGAUGAGCGCCAACAACUGACUGCCGAACCGCGCGUGCGCGGGGCCUGGAGCCCGGGGGGCGCCUCUGGGAGGGACCCCCCACCCCGCCCUCUCGUCUUUCCUGUGGGAGGGCAGCAGCACUGGCCUGGCACUGCCGCCCUCACCUCCAGAGGCGGCCGGACACACGCUGCUCAAGGCCCCUGGCCCUGGGAGUGUUGCAGGCUGGUGGCCCCAGCGUGGGGGAAGGACACCUCACUCCCAAGGGCCCCCCCUUCAGUGACUCCUUGAAGCCUUUACUUUUUUUUUCUUGGAAGUGAAGGAAAAAGAAAAGAGAGGAAACUAUUACCAGCACCGCCCUCCAGGUGAGGGGGGUGCUGGAGCAGCAGGUACAGCAGGGAGGGAGGGGCUGGGGAGCAGGUGUGACGGGUCACUCUGCUGAUGCCUAAGCCGGAGGGGGGUUGGCCAAGCCAAGCCUGGGUCAGCUUCGGUGGCUCAUCUCUGCCGCCCUUGUGCACCCUAACUUGCCCCCUCAUCCUGGGGAGUCUGGGGAAGAGUUGGAGUGCCAGCCACCCCCCACCCUCGGAAGGAGUCGUGGACCCAGUCUGAGGGCUGUGGACACUGAGGCACAGAGCUUGAGUCUGGAUGCCUGUGAGCGUGUUGUGGAGGGAGUGGCGGAGUGUGAAGGCUGCAGACCCAGCUUUGCACCGUGUGCAGUGGGGUAGGCAGGGGCUGGACCCCAGGCAUUUGCUCUCCCGCCCACCACCCUGGCAGCAGGCACAGGGACCCUGAGCUGUACCAGGCUGCAUUGAGGUCCCUGAGUCCAGGAGAGGACAUCCCCAGAAGCCGCUGGGCCUCAGGGGGCUGGGGGCUAGGCCCUGGGUGGGCAGACGGGCUGGCUCCCGCAGUGCCAGAUCCCAAGGGCUGCAGUCGAAGUCCCUGCAAAUGGGUGAACACCAGGGGCAGGGCCCUGAGAAGGAGGCAUAGACAAAAUGUUUUAAGGUUUCAAGGUGCUAUCAGUGGGGCAGGGGGCAGGGCUGCUGUUCACAGAGCACCCCGUCCCUCACCAGCUGCCCUGGUCGUCUCUCCCACACCAGAGAUGUGUGUGUGUCUGUCCCCAUCCCUGCUCUGAAGGCAGAGGCCUCAUCUUCCUAGGUCUGGCCACAACCCGGCAUCCCUGGGCCUCUGCGGUGUGGGCAGGGCACCUGUAGCACUGUGGGCGAGAGGAAGCUGCACAUUCAGGGCCCAGGGUGGGGGCAGGAGUUCUGGGGGAGCCCCAGCCUGUGCCCAAUGCUUGCCCCCACGAGGCUGGCACUAAUAGGACACCCUUUUUUGUUGUCAUUUAACGUCUUUAUUCCUGCCUUUAAAAUGGGGAGGAAGGUUCCAUAAGCUACAUGUUUCCUAGUUAAGCUCUUUCCUUUUGUGUUUAUACGGUUUUGUUUGUUAUACUCUGCACCUUAAACCCCCACGACUACCCCCACACCACCACCUUCCCAAGCAUGGCUGGAGUGGGUAAGCCCAAAGGGGGACAGGGGCAGGGGGCAGGGGGGGAGUGGGCCCCAUCAGCCCAAGGGCUGAGGGGGUUGGAACCCCUCUGACCUCCUUGUGAGGCCCGUGGCGCUGGGGUGGGGGCUGGGGACAUUUUAAUCAUCAAUAAACGAAGCACUUUAUUCUGUACAGA